AUGUAUCUCCUACACUUCUCCUCAUCGAUCCUAUAUGAAUUUCGAGUGGAAAGCGUCACUCUCGAGAAUCGCGAACCUGGACUGGUGAUCAUGUUCUGGCCUGGAAACUACAAAGUACAAUCGGUAGCCGUUGAAGUUGCGGUAGUUUCACACGUCACUCAGACAAUGCCAGAUGGCAGAGUGGCCACCGAAUCACCCGAAGCCUGUUGUGGCGACGACGAGGACAAAUGCAAGCACAAUGAGGCAAAGCCUAUGACUGACUCACCGUGGGUUUCGUGUUCAUAUGCAUCCUAUCAAUGA